UGGUGUGGUUCUGUCGCUGAGGUUGUGCGGUCUCGUAGCCAAGAUGCCUGAGGAAACCCAGACCCAAGACCAGCCAAUGGAGGAGGAAGAGGUUGAGACGUUCGCCUUUCAGGCAGAAAUUGCCCAGUUGAUGUCAUUGAUUAUCAAUACUUUCUACUCGAACAAAGAGAUCUCUAGGGAGCUUAUUUCGAAUUCAUCAGAUGCCCUGGAUAAAAUCAGAUAUGAAAGCUUGACAGAUCCUAGUAAACUAGAUUCUGGGAAAGAGCUGCACAUUAAUCUCAUUCCCAACAAACAAGAUCGAACCCUCACUAUUGUGGAUACUGGAAUUGGAAUGACCAAGGCCGACUUAAUCAAUAAUCUUGGUACUAUCGCCAAGUCAGGCACCAAAGCAUUCAUGGAAGCUUUGCAGGCUGGUGCAGAUAUCUCUAUGAUUGGCCAGUUUGGUGUGGGUUUUUAUUCUGCGUACUUGGUUGCUGAGAAAGUGACUGUGAUCACCAAACAUAAUGAUGAUGAGCAAUUCGCCUGGGAGUCCUCAGCAGGGGGAUCCUUCACAGUUAGGACUGAUACAGGUGAACCUAUGGGUCGUGGAACGAAGGUUAUCUUGCAUCUGAAAGAAGAUCAAACUGAGUACUUGGAGGAAAGAAGAAUAAAGGAGAUUGUGAAGAAACAUUCUCAGUUUAUUGGCUAUCCCAUUACACUUUUUGUGGAAAAGGAACGCGAUAAAGAAGUCAGUGAUGAUGAGGCUGAAGAAAAGGAUGAAAAAGAAGAGGAAAAAGAAAAAGAAGAAAAAGAAUCUGAUGACAAACCUGAAAUAGAAGAUGUUGGUUCUGAUGAAGAAGAAGAAGAAAAGAAGGAUGGUGACAAGAAAAAGAAAAAGAAGAUUAAAGAAAAGUACAUUGAUCAAGAAGAACUUAACAAAACAAAGCCUAUUUGGACCAGAAAUCCUGAUGACAUCACUAACGAAGAGUAUGGAGAAUUCUACAAGAGCUUGACCAAUGACUGGGAGGAUCAUUUGGCAGUGAAGCAUUUUUCAGUUGAAGGACAACUGGAAUUUCGAGCUCUUCUUUUUGUCCCAAGACGUGCACCUUUCGACCUAUUUGAAAACAGAAAGAAAAAGAACAACAUUAAGUUGUAUGUGCGCAGAGUUUUCAUCAUGGAUAACUGUGAGGAGCUAAUCCCUGAAUAUCUGAAUUUUAUCAGAGGGGUGGUGGACUCUGAGGAUCUGCCUCUAAAUAUUUCUCUUGAGAUGCUGCAACAAAGCAAAAUUUUGAAAGUUAUCAGAAAGAAUUUGGUCAAAAAAUGCUUAGAACUCUUCACUGAACUGGCAGAAGAUAAAGAGAACUACAAAAAAAUUUAUGAGCAGUUCUCUAAAAAUAUAAAGCUUGGAAUACACGAAGACUCUCAGAAUCGGAAGAAGCUUUCAGAGCUGUUAAGAUACUACACAUCUGCUUCUGGUGAUGAGAUGGUUUCUCUUAAGGACUGUUGUACCAGAAUGAAGGAAAACCAGAAACACAUCUAUUAUAUCACAGGUGAGACUAAGGACCAGGUAGCUAACUCGGCCUUUGUGGAACAUCUUCGGAAGCAUGGCUUAGAAGUGAUCUACAUGAUCGAGCCUAUCGAUGAGUACUGUGUUCAACAGCUGAAGGAAUUUGAGGGGAAGACUUUAGUGUCAGUUACCAAAGAGGGCUUGGAACUUCCAGAAGAUGAAGAAGAAAAAAAAAAAAAACAGGAAGAGAAAAAAACAAAGUUUGAAAACCUCUGCAAGAUUACGAAAGACAUAUUGGAGAAAAAAGUUGAAAAGGUAGUUGUGUCAAACCGACUGGUGAUAUCCCCAUGCUGUAUUGUCACAAGCACAUAUGGCUGGACAGCAAAUAUGGAAAGAAUCAUGAAAGCUCAAGCCUUAAGAGACAACUCAACAAUGGGUUACAUGGCAGCAAAGAAACACCUGGAGAUAAACCCUGACCAUUCCAUUAUUGAGACCUUAAGGCAGAAAGCAGAGGCUGACAAGAAUGACAAGUCUGUGAAGGAUCUGGUCAUCUUGCUGUACGAAACUGUGCUCCUGUCUUCUGGGUUCAGUCUGGAAGAUCCUCAGACACAUGCCAACAGGAUCUACAGGAUGAUCAAACUUGGUCUGGGUAUUGAUGAAGACGAUCCUACUGCUGAUGAUAGCAGUGCUGCUGUAACUGAAGAAAUGCCGCCCCUCGAAGGGGACGAUGACACGUCACGCAUGGAAAAAGUAGACUAAGCUCUGCCUGAAGAAUGGCCUCUACACGUGUUCAGUACUUUAUCUGCAUUCCCGCUGAUAAUAUAUUUUCAAGGACUUUUUUCUUUAUUUUUGUUAACAUUUAAAAAAUCUGUAUGGCAUGACAAUAACUACUUAAAGGGAAGAUAAGAUUUCUUUCUACUUGUGUGAUACUGUGAUACUUCAGGUGCUAAAGCAAAGAUAGUAAAGCUUUUCUAGUUUCACGUUGGUUUAUUUUAACAGACUGAGUUAACGUUUGUUGUAAGAUGUAUGUAACUUAAUGUUAACUUUGUGGUCUGAAGUGUUUAGCUAUCAAGGCAGAUUCUGUAAUAGACGAAAUCUUGUUACUGAAGUGUUCUGAGCUAGACCUUGCUGUUCAAAGAAAAUGUUAAAAUGACUUGUUUCAUCUUUUAGGAUCUACUUUUCAAACUUUACGCCCCCUGUAGUUACCAAUUCUGCAUGUAGUAGUCCUGUAGAAAUAAAUAUAUUAAACCAGACCAACUUGAUGGGAGAACUCUCCGCAGGGCUUGUUUUCCAAAGAAAAGUAUUGUUUAGAGGAACAAAAUUAUAAGCCUACCUAGGCUCGUUCGAAAAGUAACUCAGAGCGAGGCUUGUGAAUGGAAAUGUAGUGCCUGGGUCACAUUCUGGUUAAAAGGUUGUAAC